AUGAAUCCGCUUCAGCGAGCGGCGAUGCAGCUAUGCAUCAAAAAGCUCAGCUUCUGCAGGAUCUCGCGCACCUUCGCCGCUGCUCCCUCUCGCAGUGUUUGCGACCAAGAAGGCACACGGACUCGACCGAUGGCUUAUUUGAAGGAGGAGUUCCCCAGGCAAUUGCUGCUGCAGCUUGAAAGCUGGAACAAAUGGAUCGUUGGAGUUGAAGACGAGUUCCGUCCAAUGGACGAUCCACUCCUGAGCUGUUUGGAAGUGGGACGAUCCAAAUGUUUUUUGUUUGGAGAACUGGUUCCUCAAUGUCUCAGACCAUCUCAAACCACUGAUUGUCACCCUCCUGCAUACUCGACUGUUGUCCAGAUGGAAUCAAAAAGUGACAACCUUAUCAAGACAAAAGUAAGAGAUAGUAAGAUUAAGAUGGUCUCGACUUCUAUUUGA